AUGAGAAGAUUACUCUGGAAAUUUUGGAUUCGAUUCUUGGCCGACGAAAAUCUUGGAUCCUAUACCCUUGACAUUGUUGGUUUUGUUAAACAAAAUGAUGAUGGAAUAUUUGAGAACGGCGUAUUCUCAGAAUUGGGUGAAGGUUCAGGCGGUGGCACGCAAGGCGAGCUCCAAAUUGAAGCGAAAUUCUUCUCGUCAUCUCUUAUUCUCGAAGACAAAUUUGUCUUCUCCCAGGCAACUGUCGACGAGCACUUGCUUUACAUUCUCAUCAGCUGGAGAAGACCUGAUAAUCGUUCAAGUUUUCCUAUGGCCUUGCGCGGUUUUUCAACUAUUACGGAAAGUUCGGAACGACAGAUUAGCUCUCAG